UCCUAUUUAUCAAAUUUUAGUUCUACUUGCCAGCUUAGUUUUGCCAAAAACAGCCGAAGUGCUUUUGGCAUGCACAAAAAUAUACCUGCCUUAUGCCAAAUAUUAUUUUAGCUACAGGGGGAUUUGACCAUACCAUAAAACUAUGGGAAGUAAGCAACAAGUCUUGCUAUCGAACGUUACAGUUUAGUGAAUCUCAAGUUAAUAAACUAGAGCUCACUCCCAACAGAAAGUACUUGGCGGCCGCUGGGAAUCCGCACAUCAAGUUAUACGAGCUGACCUCAAAUAAUCCGAAUCCUGUCAGCAAUUUCUCUUCACAUAAGACCAAUGUGACAGCGAUUGGGUUUGAAAAGCAAGGUGAUUUUUUAUAUUCUGGAAGUGAAGAUGGCACCAUUAAGAUAUGGGAUCCUCGACUUCCUAACUUUCAAAAAGAAUUCGUUUAUACAGAAGCCUGCAACACCGUCGAGCUGCAUCCGAACCAAAAUGAUUUUAUUGCAGGCCACCAAAAUGGUGUACUGUGCGUCUAUGACUUGUGUGCAGGAAAAAAAAGAAUGCAAUUUACCCCAGAAGAAGACACCUCUGUAAAGUCUCUCAGUAUUUCAAAAGACGGUAAUUAUUGUUGCGCUGCUCUGAAUAAUGGAAAAUGUUAUGUUUGGAAUCUUUCUCCAGAAACCGCUGAAUACUUUAACGAUGAAAAAUGCUGGCAGGCACACAAUGCAUACGUUCUCAAAGUCCUCUAUAGCCCGAAUAUGUCAACUUUGGCCACAACAUCGAGCGACGGCACGAUUUGCAUCUGGAAGACAAAGGAUUAUUCCCUAUACAAUGUUCUGAAAUCACAUACGCGGUGGGUCUGGGACUGCGUCUAUUCGUACAACUCCGAAUAUCUAGCUACUGCGUCCAGCGACAAUUUGGCCUAUCUGUGGGAUAUUAACGAAGAAAAGCCCAUCGCCCAAUUUUCCGGGCAUCACAAAGCUGUCACGUGUAUUACAUUAACAGAUAUCAAACAUCCCUCGAAGCUCCAAAACAUAGCGCUGGCUCAGAAAAAGCUUUCUGAUAAAGAGACAGCGGAAAAAGAACAGCCCACUUCGAGUACAACAAAAAGAUCGAUGCCCUGA